AUGGCGACCACGCAGCAGCAAGUUGGCAGUGGGAGCGUGCCACGCACGUCUUCCUCCUCAUCCCUCUCGGGCGGACGGCAACGAGCGGGGUCUGUUCAAGGCGGGCCACCGGCUUUCAUGCUGACUGCCGACCCACCUUCAUCUGUGGAGGAGCUCGAGGUCACUGCACUUCGGGUGCAGAACCACAAGCUCGCUGUCAAGCUGCACGGGCUGACAAAGGAUCUCAAGCGUGCGCGAGACGACAUUACAAAGCGGGAGGAGACAGACUUGAUCGUGCGAACAUGUCUGAGGACAUUGGCAAGGCACUUUGAUGAGUUGGAUCUAGAGGCACGGGAGAAGGCAUCUCAGCCGAAAGCAGCAAGUAAGCACAACGCACCCUGGCUGAUGCUGUGGACAAUGCCCUUGAAGCCGACACACCAGAAGGACGAGGCGGCACCGGCCGACAGCGCGGAUCUCGCGCGCUACAAACUGCUCGCAGACGAGGUGGUGGUGAUGCGUGGCGCCAAGGUUGAGGCGAUGCGGCAGCAGGUGAUGCAACUCGACACCGCCCUCCACGAGCUCAGGGCGGAGCGGGUGUCUGAGGCGUAUGUGCGACGGCUGCCACUGGUGCAGGAGAUUACGGAGGCGAACACGCGUCUUGCCGCCGAGAACACCGCUCUCAACCAGCGCAUCGCUGAGGUGCAGGAGCAGCUGACGGCAGCGCAGAGUGCGCGGACGGCAGAGUGCCGCUCGUUCCAGGACGCAAUCACGCGACUGCAGGCCGACACGAAGAAGCAGCUCAAAGAUAUUGAGGAUGAGCUUGUUGCUGUGCGCAGUGAGCGGGAUGAGCUCAAGCUGCGCCCUGACGCAAGCAGCGGCGCUGCGGACCCGGCAUCCACCUCGAAGGAGAGCGAGAGCCUCGUGCAGAGCCUACAGACACAGCUCAAGCAACAACAAGGAGAGCUGACGCGACUGCGCGAACAACGUGAGACGAUGAUGCCGCACGUGCUUUUGAAGUGCCAGGGUGUUCUCAAUCUUGACUUUGGGGUGGUAUUGCACCGCAGUGGUGCAGGUGUCUUUCAUGAAGUCCAAAGCAGCGAUGUCCCUGACGCAAUCAAAACGCUGGUGGCGGACGAGAGCAAGUCCGCACAGGAAAAGAUUGACGUCCUCAUGAAGGAGCUUGCGAGCAGCAAAGCGAACGAGAAUGCGCUGAUGGAGGAGGUGGAGGUCACCGGGCAGUCGUUCGAUGACAUCCAGGAACAGAACGGGCGGCUGAUCAAGCAGCUGAAGGAGAAGGAGGCGCGGGAUUUGCGGCACUUGGAGGAGCGCCUUCGAUCGUCGCGCGUGUGUGCAACGCUGACGGAGGAGAAGCAGGCGCUCGAGAGGAAGAUGGAUGCAGACCGCGCCCUCAGGAAGGCAGAGGAGGAGCACGUGCGGCGGGUGCGUGACGGCGACCGGAAGGCGCGGGCGGAUCUUGAGGAUGUGACGCGCCGGUUUGUCGAGUUGGAGCGGCAGCACGAACACACGCGCGCCGCGCUCGCAAAGCACGAGCAGGAGGCCGCAGCCGCCCACGCGCAGAUGGCACAGACGCAGCAGCAAGUUGAGCAGCUACAGGCGUCUGUGAAGGAGGAAGUUGGGAAGAAGGCGACGGCUGAGGCACAGCUCACCACGGCUAAGGAGGAGCUCAAGCUCCUUGCAGACAAGUGCGCAAAGCUGCAGACGGGUUCCGCUGAUGAGAUCCUGGAGGCGCAAUACGAGGAGCUGAAGAAGAAGCUGACCUGCCCCGCUUGCUGCACGCGCCAAAAGGACACGAUCCUGCUCAAGUGCUACCACAUGUUCUGCGAGACGUGUGUUCGCAACCGCCUGGAGACGCGCCAGCGCAAGUGUCCCCAGUGCUCCCGGCAGUUUGGCGCCAACGACUUCCACCGCGCUUACCUCACCUAG